AGGCUUGGACUGCAGAAAUGGCAAUUGGAUGCACAUUUUAUUUCUGACAGCUGGACUCCAGGUCCCUUCGGCACUCCAGGACACGUUCAGCACCACGGACAGGUCUUGAUGUAUCCUACAUUCGGGUCAAGAUACAAGCUUGCCGUUUUCUGGACACUGAACUCAAUACGGUCUUCAGGAGCCACGGUCACAGCGGCAACUAAAUCGGAAGGCCUGGACGCUUCAUUAUAAGGUCGUGACGACCGAUGCAACACGUACCGCUCAUGCUAAGUAAUCUGUCAAUCCUUUGGACACCUCUAUAUAUUGCAACAUUUUUUUCUAUCAUUUUUUUUAGCGCCUAUACAUCCCAUUCCAAACCAGAUAUCUUUUUUUUAAUACAAUCCUAUAAUGCCACCUUUUUCAUAUUUGCACUAAAGCUGCAAGUAUAUUAUACCGUGCAAUAAUAAUUGCAUCAGGUUUAUCAGAUCACCACCUCAUUAUAUUCCCUAUAGAAUAAUCCUACCACAUGUGUUUUAUACGUUCAGCUCCUUCCACUUAAUAGAACCCGAUUUAAGGACUAUACGACUGAGCAUCGAUAUACGUAUGGACGCGUUUUAACACUGUGGUGGGAUUACAACGCAGCUCAGAGCAUCGUUGCCAUACCCAGCUCUACCCUAUGGGAUUUUGGUAUAUUAUCUCGAUAUAACCUCCCUACCCUCUAUGGGAUUUUGGUAUAUUAUCUCAAUAUAACCUCCCUACCCUCUAUGGGAUUUUGGUAUAUUAUCUCAAUAUAACCUACCUACCCCCUAUGGGAUUUUGGUAUAGUAUCUCAAUAUAACCUCCCUACCCCCUAUGGAAUUUUGGUAUAUUAUCUCAAUAUAACAUCCCUACCCCCUAUGGGAUUUUGGUAUAUUAUCUCGAUAUAACCUCCCUACCCUCUAUGGGAUUUUGGUAUAUUAUCUCGAUAUAACCUCCCUACCCUCUAUGGGAUUUUGGUAUAUUAUCUCAAUAUAACCUCCCUACCCUCUAUGGGAUUUUGGUAUAUUAUCUCAAUAUAACCUCCCUACCCUAUAUGGGAUUUUGGUAUAUUAUCUCAAUAUAACCUCCCUACCCUCUAUGGGAUUUUGGUAUAUUAUCUCAAUAUAACCUCCCGGGAUGCCAGGCUAAGCACUUUGCGUUAACCUCAUGUAUCAUUUAGAGUGUUUGUUUGACAUCUUUUGCAUAUCCUCCGCCAGCUGUGUUUAUCAGUUUAAUGCGCUUCUAGCAUAUCCUAAUUACGCCAAAGUGUUGCCUAUACAGCCAAAUCUAUUUGAACAUAGCCAAGCAUGCUCAAAGAAAGGGUCGUAUAUAAGUACGGUAUAGGACAACGGAGAAGAGCUUCUAUUGAACCGUACAAGUGUAUUCUGUAAUAGAGUACAGCACAGCUGGCUUUGGAUUCCGAUCCCCCCCCCCACCUAUUCCUUUCUAAGUUCAUUAGCAUGAGAGGACCCCAGGAAUAAGCCUACUGUGUGCAGCACUUUGUAUAGAACAUUCCCCUGCUGCUGCGAGGGAUGCCUGAGGACAACACGGGAUUUUGCCGAAGAGUGCAGCAUACCGGUAGCUCUACAGAUUAUUCUUCGGUUGAAUCAGAGAACUGUACUUCUAGACUUCCCGGUAGAGCUCUAUACACCUGUUAGAGCCCCGAUCCCAUUACACGCCUACAGUUCCCAAGACAUUUAAACCGUACUCAGUCAAUGCCUUUACCUAGUGCUGCGUGCAAUUGCAGCCUCGGCUAACCGGGACUUUAUUGCUCCAGCCGCCGGUGUUUGAGAUCCCCCUUGGACAACGUCCCAGCUGAAUGCCCAGGAAUGAGUAGUACAAGAAGCUUGAUCCUUUGCCGUCAAUAUGACAGUUGGCGUACUUAUCCUCCCUGCGUGAUGUGAGGGCCCCAAGGAUCCAGUGGACUUGGGAUGGCUGCACAAGGCUUUGCCUGGACUGUGGUGCUGAUAUUCUGCAGCCCGGAGCUCUUGGGAAUGGUUUCCAUGGAGACGGGAUUGUCGUUGGAGGUGUCUGGUCGGGUGAAGCGCGGCUGGGUGUGGAACCAGUUCUUUGUGGUGGAGGAGUAUACGGGAACAGAACCACUUUAUGUGGGGAAGAUUCAUUCGGAUUCAGACGAAGGUGAUGGCUCCAUCAAAUACACAAUUUCUGGAGAGGGCGCUGGAUCCAUCUUUAUCAUCGAUGAACUCACUGGAGACAUCCACGCCACUGAGCGUUUGGAUCGGGAGCACAAGACCUUUUACACAUUGCGUGCCCAGGCCAGAGACAGACACACAGACCGAUUACUUGAACCGGAGUCUGAAUUCAUCAUUAAGGUUCAGGAUAUUAAUGACAGCGAGCCUCGAUUCCUGCAGGCACCUUACAUUGGAAGUGUCCCAGAGCUGUCCCCUGUGGGUACAUCUGUGAUGGCUGUAUCAGCGUGGGAUGCUGAUGACCCAGCUUAUGGUAGCAGUGCAAGGGUGGUAUACAGCGUCCUAGAAGGAGAGAAGCACUUCACUGUGGACAGCAAGUCAGGUGUGAUCCGGACGGCAGUGUCAGACCUUGAUAGAGAGUCUCGGGACCGCUAUGACGUUGUGAUCCAGGCCACAGAUAUGGCUGGUCAACUGGGAGGACUUUCAGGGUCAACAACGGUCACUAUAGUGAUCACUGAUGUGAAUGACAAUCCACCAAGAUUCCCCCAGAAGCUAUACCGGUUCAGUGUGUUGGAGACUGCUCCGCCGGGCUCAGUGAUUGGACGACUUAAAGCUGAAGAUGCUGAUGUGGGAGAGAACACAGACAUGUUUUAUCAGAUUCAACAACAAGAGAUGGCAGCAUUGUUCAGCGUUACAACUGAUGCCGUCACCCAGGAGGCCAUCCUCAGCAUUUUUCAGCCUCUGGAUUUCGAGACGCAGAAAGAGCACUCUCUGGUCUUAGAAGCUCAAAACCGCUUUGUGGAUCCCCGUUUCUCAGAUCUGGGCACCUUUCGGGAUCAAGCAAUUGUGAAGGUGUCAGUCCAGGAUGUGGAUGAACCUCCUAAGUUUCACCCACUGAGUGGGGUCAUUGAAGUUUCUGAGGAUGCACACAUUGGAUUAGUGGUUGUAGUAAUUACAGCCAGCGAUCCAGAUAAAGCCAAUAACUCAGUCAGGUAUUCACUGGACAAAUCAGCAGACGAUGGGAUUUUCGAAAUUGAUGAAGAGACAGGUGAAGUUAGAAUAACCAAACCCUUGGACCGUGAAACCUCUGGCUGGCACAAUUUGACUGUUCAGGCAAUGGAAGCAGAUGAUCCUCAGAAGAUUUCAUCGCUUGCCCUGCAAAUUCGCAUCCUGGAUGUAAACGAUAAUCCUCCUGAGCUGGCUACACCUCAUGAGUCUUCUGUUUGUGAGGAUGCUCUACCUGGGCAGCUUAUUCAGACUAUCAGUGUGGUGGAUCGAGAUGAGCCAAUGGGGGGUCAUCGGUUCUACUUCAGACUUGCACCUGACCCCAGUGCGGAGCAUCACUUUACUCUGCUCAAUGUGAAGGAUAACACAGCAUCAGUACAUACACACCGGAUGCCAUUUGACAGGAGAGAGCAAGACAUGUAUAUCCUGCCAAUUCUGGUUGUUGACGGAGGUACACCAGCGCUAAGCAGUACAGGAACCCUUACUAUAAGAGUAUGUGGCUGUGACAACACUGGCGCUGUGCAAUCAUGUAACACUACUGCCUAUGUGAUGGCUGGGAGUCUCAGUCCUGGAGCCCUUAUCGCCUUGCUGGUGUGUGUCCUGAUUCUUGUUGUGCUGAUUCUUCUUAUUCUGGCUCUAAAGCGACACCACCAGGGUCACCUGGCAUCAGAUGAAGAUGAAGAUAUGAGGGAUAACGUCAUCAAGUACAAUGAUGAAGGCGGCGGAGAACAGGAUACAGAGGCUUAUGAUAUGUCAGCCUUGCGGAGUUUAUACAACUUCAGUGAAGGGAGCGAGGCUGGAGGGGACAGUUCACUUGCUUCCCAGCGUCACCCACUGCCUCAGUGGUUUCCAGGGGCUGAAAUGGACUUUUCACUGUUCAAAGACUACAUCAGUAGAAAAGUGAGGAUGGCAGAUCAGGACUCGACAGUGCCUCCUUAUGACUCCUUUCAGACUUAUGCCUUUGAGGGAUCUGGCUCCAGUGCAGCCUCUCUCAGUUCCAUAAGCACCUGGUCUACAACUUCAGAGCAAGACUUUUCUCAAUUGGGCUCUUGGGGCCCCAGGUUUCGCCAACUGGCUGCUCUAUAUGCUGGACACAAGGGGCAGGAAGAAAGCCAGGGGUCCUAGCCCUACUCAAUCCCUCUGUUUUCAGGGUACCAAGACCUUACGUUCUAAUUACGGGGCAAAACUGCUCCAUAUUUAUUACAUCUCAGUAUGUAAGCAGCAUAUUACAUGACUCUACUAUGCCCAUUCAUUGUAUCAUUACAUGGCAGCUCAUUAACCACAGUUACCUCCUAUCACUGUCACCCUGCUCUGUUUCUACUCAACACAGUUCUCUCCAUAAAGUAAAUAACCAUGUGCCAUUA